UUAGCUCCAAAACUUCAACCUUCUACUUAUUCCCCAAAUACCCAAUUUCCUUAUUCUCUCUAUCUCUGGCUCUUUCGAAAUUCUCUGGCCUUUUUUUUUUCACUGAAAUUUGCGGUUCGGCAAUACCCGAAAGAUUGAGCAUCUGGGUUUGUGUUUUUGUUGCGUGAUUCGGUGUUACUGAUAAUGGGUUGCUGAAGAAUUCUUUCUGGUGUUUUGGAUUAUGCUGAAUCCAUAGUACACUCUAUAUUUCUGCAAAGAACAACUGGAAAUUUCACCCAAAGGAUCAAACUGAUGGCUUAUGCUGUUGUCAUACAGAUUAUCUGACAUUUAUCCAACAUUUUCCGUACCAGUUGUACUAGCAUUAUAUAACACCUAAGAAGCCAACUUUUGGCAAAAGAAUCCAAAAACAGCCCUUGAACAAGGGUAAACUACUCAGAUUUCUGUAGCCUUUUUUAUUAUUUUUUAUACAAAUGUCACAGAAGCGCAGAGCUUCAAGUAUGUCGAACGAGUUAUAUUAUCGGCCAAUCCAAGAAGCGGAAGCUUACUGCCUGCCUCAGUUCCGAUCUUUAGAUCAGGAACUUUGCUACAACGAUAGCAGCCAAGGCGCUUAUUUCUCGGUGAAGAACUCACUUCAGCAGUACUGCACUUUGGAAUCAUCCUUGGCGGACGGCAAUUAUGCUAUCUACAACUCGCCAUCAACCGUCAGUUUCUCACCUAAUGGAAGCCCAAUGUCGCAGCAAGAUUCUCAUUCCUACCUACCUGAUCAGCACCACUCGCCCGAUAACGCCUAUGGCUCUCCUAUCAGUGGCUCUUGCAUAACUGAUGAGAUGACUGACUUGAAGUACAAGCUGAAAGAAAUAGAAAGCGUGAUGCUGGGUCCUGAUUUGAGUCUUCUCAACAACUAUGACGGUGCGAUUCUGAGCGGGAGUAGCAAUAACAUCUCACAUGAGAGUGAGAGCUGGGGACAGAUUAUGGAAUCAAUCUCAAAAAGGGAUGUGAAACAAGUCCUGAUCUCGUGUGCGAAAGCGGUGUCGGAUAACGAUCUAUUAAUGGCGCAAUGGUUGAUGGAUGAAUUGCGCCGGAUUGUGUCAGUCUCGGGUGAACCAAUCCAAAGGCUAGGAGCAUACAUGUUGGAAGGACUUGUUGCGAAACUUGCCUCUUCAGGGAGCAAUAUCUACAAAGCGCUGAAAUGCAAAGAGCCUGCAAGCUCUGAAAUGCUGUCUUACAUGCAUAUCCUCUAUGAACUUUGCCCCUAUUUCAAAUUCGGAUACAUGUCGGCAAAUGGGGCCAUUGCAGAAGCCAUGAAAGAUGAAAAUCGAGUUCACAUAAUCGAUUUCCAAAUCGCUCAAGGGAGUCAGUGGAUCACUCUAAUCCAGGCCUUUGCAGCCAGGCCUGGAGGACCUCCCCACAUCAGAAUAACAGGCAUCGAUGACACCAUGUCAGCUUAUGCUCGAGGAGGAGGACUAGAGAUUGUUGGAAGGAAGCUAUCCAAGCUUGCUGAGACAUUCAAGGUGCCAUUUGAGUUCCAUGCUGCAGACAUGUCAGGCUCUGAGGUUCAGCUUGAAGAUCUCAGGAUUCAACCCGGAGAGGCCUUGGCUGUGAACUUCGCGUUCGUGCUUCAUCACAUGGCUGAUGAGAGUGUCAGCACUCAAAAUCACCGGGACAGGCUGCUGAGGCUAGUCAAGAGCCUAUCUCCGAAAUGUGUGACUCUUGUAGAGCAAGAAUCGAACACGAAUACUGCAGCAUUCUUUCCCCGGUUCCUGGAGACGCUGAACUACUACACAGCCAUGUUCGAAUCCAUCGAUGUGACUCUUCCUCGGGGUCACAAGGAGAGAAUCAAUGUUGAGCAGCACUGCUUGGCCAGAGAAGUGGUGAAUAUAAUAGCGUGUGAGGCGGCUGAAAGAGUGGAAAGACAUGAGCUUCUUGGGAAAUGGAAAUUGAGGCUUAAAAUGGCUGGAUUCAGUCCAUACCCUUUAAGCUCAUUGGUGAAUGCCACCAUUAAAACACUGCUAGAGAACUACUGCAACAAGUAUAAGCUUGAAGAGAGAGAUGGGGCUCUAUAUCUUGGUUGGAUGAACAGAUUUUUGGUUACUUCUUCUGCAUGGAAGUGAAAAAGCUGCGCAGAAAUUGAACAUGUAGUUUUUUAUUUUUAUUUUUUUUUUCGCUUUUUCUUUACUGUUAUUUUGUUUUGUUAUUGGUUAACUUCAUAUGAGAAGGGUGUCAUUAGCCGAGUACUUUUCUCAUGUUGAAGUUAGCCAUUUUGUUUGGGGACUCCUAUGUUUUACUGAUGGAGUGGAAAAACUGGUAUUUCUUGGGGUGAUAAUUGCAGGCUUUUGUAUAUGGAAAUCUGAGCAAGGGAACACCAAAUUUCUCUUU